AUGGGUAACGAACAAACUAAAGUGGCGGCAAAUUUUGACACUUCACAAAAUGGAAAUCUCAAACCGAUGCAAGGAAUAUUUAAAAAAGGUGUUCAAUAUAAUAUGAAGAUAAUAAUACGCGGUGAUAUUCGAACUGGAAAAACAACAUUAUUCAAUAGAUUGCAAGGAGAAGUAUUUUCCAAAGAGUAUUUAUCUACACCACAAAUACAAGUAGCAAAUAUACAAUGGGAUUAUAUUCAUACAAAUGAUGUGAUCAAAGUAGAAAUAUGGGAUGUUGUAGAUAAAGGAAUAAAUUCAACAGUAGAAAGGUCAAUAACUUCAGAUACUAGUCUGAAAAUAGACAAUAAUCAAGUAUCAGCUUUAUCAUCAUCAAAUUCUCGAGUAAAUUUACCACCAGAACAAUUAACACUGGAUGCAGCAACCAUUGAUGUUUACAGAAAUACACAUGGUAUAAUUCUAAUGUUUGACAUUACAAAAAGUUGGACUUUUGAUUAUGCAAUUAAAAAGUUGGAAUCAAUCCCUGAUUCCAUGACAGUUUUACUCUUGGGUAAUUUCAGUGAUUUGAGUGAACAACGAGUGAUCACACAUUCUCGAAUAUAUCAAUCAUUGGCAGACAUUAACAGAUACCGUGUAAAGAAUUAUCCAUCUGCAAAUAUGAUCCGUUAUGUUGAAACUAGUAUGCUUACAGGAUUAGGUUUAGAAUACAUAUAUAAAUAUUUUGGUGUUCCUUUUUUACAAUUGCAGAGAGAUAUUCUUCAACAACAAUUACAAUUAAAAACUAAAGAAUUAGCAAAACUUCUUGAAUCAUUGGAUGAUGUUGAACAAUUUUCACCACCUUCUCCAACUCAAAAUUAUAGUGAAAAUAUUCAAAUAGAUGAUUUAGAAAACACAAAUGUCAUUGAUGAAUUUGUUGCUGGUGAAUUAGAAGAUGAUUUUUUUGAUGAUUUACCUGAACCUAAUUUGACUUUACCCUCACCACCGUUACCAUUACCACCAAUCAAUACUUCUUCCAAAAUAGAAGAAGAUUCGCCGGUUCCAAAUCCAAUGGUAACAGGUGAUGAGGAUCUCGUUGGUGUUGAAGAUGAUGAUGAAUCGGAAGAACUGAAUCAACUACAACGGCAACAAUUUAACCAUAUAAAAAUCAUUAGUCCAACAACCUAUACUGAAAAUCUUACAAAUGUUUGGCAUCGACGUCAAAGCAACAUACCUUCUACCAUCGUUAAUAAUCAAAUUAACGAUAGUAGUGAUGAUGAUAAUAAUGAUGACAGUUUAAUAACGGGAAUUAAACAAAUUAAUUUGUUGAAUAGAAGACAUUCAAAUGCAGCAUCAUCAAUUAAUGACAGACGGACUAGCACAAGUAAUGAUGAUUUAAACACAAUUGAAGUAGAAAAUAAUCAAUUUACUACUAGUAAUCGAGAAUCAUCAAGCUAUUAUUCACCAUAUAUUGAUACAUCCUUUGAUUUUAAUACCGACAAAUAUUCACCAAUGCCAUUUGGUGCAUCAGCUGAUUAUGAAGAAAUUGGCGAAGGUCAAGAUAAUCCUUGGUUAGAUUCCAAUCAAGGAAAAAAUUCUUAG